UAACCCCACAUGACUCAGGAAGAACUGAUCUCGCAUGAGGCAGUGUCAGCUGUCCGAGCGGGGAGGGGGACAGCGGGUGGUGAUGAGGGGUCUAUUACAUUUCACAUGUUCCAGAAUGGAUUCCACAGAGUGCCUCACACUGAGAACAAGGCUAUAUAUAACCUACCAGUUGCAGCAGGAAUUAAAGGGUCGGGACAGCUGAGGGAGAGAGACCAGCCGCCCCGGAGUACACUCCUUAUGGUUCAAAUCACAAAGGCCGAACCCUUAACUCCUCUUUCCAGGCUGGGCAGUGAAGAGAGCCUAAGCUCGGAGCUCUGCCGUGUGGACAGGAGACAGACAGGACAGACACCAAGGACCAAGACGCCCUAGAUCUCUUGUUCCCUGCUUAUCGACUGGGAGUUGUCCCCCUGGACCGAGGCACCAUGGCUCUGUCCAUCGACCCAACGGAGGAGCCCAGGAUGUACCAGCAGACCCUGUUGCAGGACGGACUCUAUGAUCUACUGGAGAAUGACAAGCUGGUGGACUGUGUCCUGAAGAUCAAGGGCAAGGAGUUCCCCUGCCACCGUCUGGUGCUGUGUGCCUGCUCGUCUUUCUUUAGGGCCCUGUUCCUGUCAGAUCUGGAAGAGGAGAAGAAGAGAGAGGUGGUGUUGGAGGAUGUAGAGCCGGGGGUCAUGGGUCUGAUUCUGAAGUACCUCUAUACCUCCACCAUUAACGUGACAGAGCAGAAUGUCCAGGACAUCUUCUCUGUAGCCAACAUGUUCCAGAUCCCCUCGAUCUUCACAGUGUGUGUCUCCUUCCUCCAGAAGAAACUCAGUCUCAGUAACUGUCUGGCUAUAUUCCGACUGGGCCUGAUGCUGGACUGUCCUCGCCUCGCUGUCUCCGCUCGCAACUACGCCUGCGAACGCUUCCAGCUCAUCUCCCGUGACGAUGAGUUCCUGACGCUGGGGCCCAGCGAGCUGGCAGCUAUCUUGACAGCGGACACACUGAAUGUAGAAACGGAGGAAGAGGUGUUUGAGGCCGUGGAGAAGUGGGUCGGUCAAGAUGUGGAGAACAGGCUGAAGGAACUACCCGGACUGAUGGACUGUGUCAGACUCAGACUGGUCCACAAGGACUACUUUACUGAGAUGGUGGAGAAGCAUGAGUGGAUCUGCUCCAACCCUGAAAUGGAGAAGAGGCUUCAAAUGGUCAGAGACGCUCGUGCUGGAAAACUGCCUGACCUCCCGCCUCAGAAGAAAACAAAGAAGAAGACGGAAGAAAAUAAGACAGAGCAGAAGGGGGGAGAGGAGAAGGAGGGAGAGGAAGAGGAGGAGGAGGAGGAGGAGGAGGCUCUACUCCCGGGGAUCUUGAAUGAUCAACUGCGUUUUGGGAUGUUCCUGAGAGACCUGGUGUUCAUGGUGAGUGACACGGGGGCGGUGGCGUACGACCCCACAGGGAACGACUGUUACGUCGCCUCGCUCUCCACUCAGAUCCCCAAGAACCAUGCCUCCCUUGUCACCAAAGAGAACCAGAUCUUUGUUGCUGGGGGGCUGUUCUACAAUGAGCUGAACAAGGAGGAUCCUCUCAGCUCCUACUUCUUACAGUACGACCCAGUGAGUGCUGAUUGGCUGGGCAUGCCCCCCAUCCCCUCGCCCCGUUUCCUGUUCGGCCUGGCUGAGGCGGAGAACAGCAUCUUCAUGGUGGGAGGGAAGGAGCUGAAGGAGCAGGAGUCCAGUACACUGGACUCAGUGCUGGUCUAUGACAGACAGUCUUUUAAAUGGGGUGAGUCUGACCCCAUACCGUACCCCGUCUACGGCCACGCUACUGUGUCUCACGACGGACUUAUCUAUGUGAUCGGAGGAAAAUCGGAUAGCAAGAAGGUGACGAAGAGGAUGUGUGUGUACUAUGCACAGCGGUUUGAGUGGAAGGAGCUGGCUCCGAUGCAGCUGGCCCGCUCUCUGUUUGGAGCCACCAUCCAUAAAGACAAGAUCUACGUAGCAGCAGGCGUCACAGACACCGGCCUGACAGACACCAUGGAGGUCUACGACAUCAACACCAACAAGUGGUCAGACUUUGUGGAGUUCCCUCAGGGUCGUAGCUCACUCAGUCUGGCAUCGGUGGCCGGGGGUCUCUACGCUGUUGGAGGCUUCGCCAUGAUGCCCAGCGAGGACAAGGAGGAACUCCUCCCCAAGGAGAUGAAUGACAUCUGGAGGUAUGACGAGGGGGAAAGGAAGUGGGUGGGUGUUCUGAGGGAGAUCCAAUACGCCUCUGGGGCCACCAUCUUGGGGGCACGACUCAACACGCUUCGACUCACCAAGAUGUAACACUCCUCAACUCCAUGAGACUCACCAAGUUGGAAAGAUGUUACAUUUUUCACAGUGCCACCUGUUCCAACCCAUGACAUCUGUUAUUUGAUCAAUUCUGUUGUGUUUGACCUGGAGGGAGUUUGUGAGAGGUCACAUUGAAAAGCAUCUUUGGGGCCUCCCGAGUGGCGCAGGAAGCAGUCAAAGGCACUGCAUUUCAGUGCUUGAGGCAUCACUACAGACCCGGGUUCGAUCCCAAGCUGUGUCACAACUGUCCGUGACUGGGAAUCCCAUAGGGCGGCGCACAAUUGGCCCAACAUCGUCCGGAUUAGGGUAGGGUUUGUUGGCCGGGGGGCUUUACUGGGUUCAUCACGCCCUAGCCACUCCUUGUGGUGGGCCGGGUGCCAUCAGGUUAUCAGUUGAACAGUGUUUCCUCCGACACAUUGGUGCAGCUGGCUUCCAGGUUAAGUUUCUCAGAGGAUGCAUGAUUCAACUUUAGCCUCUCCCAAGCCCUUUGGGGAGUUGCAGCGAUGAGACAAAAUGGUAAUUGGAUCACAAUUGGAUAUCACGAAAUCGGGGAGAAAUAGGGGUUAAAUACUAACAACAACAAAAAUAUAUAUACAGUACAAGUCAAAAGUUUGGACACACCUACUCAUUCAAGGGUUUUUCUUUAUUUUUACUAUCU